UUCUUUCACUGUCACUUAAAAAGCAUUGGCACAUGACACUACGUUCAGAAACAUUGUCCAUAGCUUCAUCGUAAAUGGCCGCUCAUAGGUUAUUUAUCGCUUGUCUCACAUCAAUUCAGUGAAAUCCAAGCCACUGUAUAUUGUCAGACUUCGCUCGCACACAAAGAUUUGGAACUUCCCUUUUUUCGGGUUUUUCAGCGUCAGCAUGCGAGUCAUCAAAUCACUGUCAGAAGUAUUGGCACAACAGCAGUACGAUACUAUUGCCAUUGAUAUUUACGGCGUCAUUCAUAAUGGCGAGAAACCCUAUCCAUAUACCAAAGAAGCGUUGCGGUCACUGGUAACGAUUGGUGAACAAGUUAUCCUACUGUCGAAUUCCACCCGAUUGAGUCAUGUCCUCAGCGAGCAUUUAAGCGACGGAUUCGACAUUCCUUCCGACUCGUAUAAAGCCAUUUUAUCCAGCGGUGAAUUAACUCGUCUUUAUUUGGAGGACUGUGCGGAGUAUCUCCGGACGGGCGAUAUCGUGCAGGAACAUUGUGAAGGCACAAUGCAAGGAAAUAAGCUCAUAGGGCCGUUGAGUUUUGCACAACAUUAUUUAAAGACAGGUCGCUUUGUGUUGCUCGGUAGCACUGAUUGGCACGCUCCAUUAUAUUCAAAUGUCAUGCCUACUAUUCAACCGUCGAACGAGGCCAGUCUGGAGGAGGUUGAUUUUAUCCUGUUGGGAUCGGUCACUACGAUGGAUUUCCCUUUGUUUGAAGGGAAAACGGUCGAUCCAUACAGCGAGAAGAGUGUGAUUGCUUACUUUACACCAUUUUUGGAAGCCUGUUUACGCCGUCAGUUGCCUUUACUAUGUGCGAAUCCCGAUGUGUGGGCCCCGUAUGGCUUCAAUGCAGACGGCAGCCAGAAACUGUUGAUUUGUCCUGGAUACAUUGGUGAAAUGUACGAAAACAUGGGCGGCCAAGUUCUUUAUUUUGGCAAGCCCUGUGCCAGUAUUUACGACUUUCUACUCCGCAUGAACGUCUCGGACGAAAAAAUGCAUAAUGCCAGUGACCGUCGAGUCUUGUGCAUCGGAGACAACGUGGCUACCGAUGUGCUAGGCGCUACCUCAGCAGGCUUGGAUGUUGCCAUGGUUAUAGGAGGAGUUCACAGCGAAGAAUUGAAUCAACAAGAAGAAGAGGAAUUGAAGCAACAAGUGCGAGCAUUAUGUCAAAAGUUCAACAGCAAGGAGCCUACUUACCUCAUUCCGUUACUGAAAUACUAGAUCCGCCAAAUAAACUUUUUUAGACGGGCAGACA